AUGCACUCCUCACUAACCCGCAUUCAGUCAGUAUUUGGCUUCUUCACCACGGUCGCGCUAGUUGUCAGUACAUUCGCCGCAGUUUCAGUCCUGCUCUUUCCCACAGAGGACACCAAUGCCUCUGUACAGCUGAAGAACGUCCAGGUCGUCAAAGGCCGGCCGCACUAUCACUCGACCAAACGCGAGGAAUACGCGCAGUUCCGCUUCGACCUCGACGCUGAUCUUAGCCCGCUUUUCAACUGGAAUACCAAACAGCUCUUCGUCUACGUUUAUGCCACCUACUCCUCAUCCGAUAAGCCUGAUUCGCAAGUCCGCGAUUCUGAAGUCAUCAUUUGGGAUGUCAUCAUCCCCGCAACACCAUCCCCAUAUUCCUUUGAUGUCCUCAAGGACAAAGUAACCGCCCUCCUCCCCGAGUCGCUUUCGUCAUCAUCUGCGUCCGCCGCUCGACGAAACAAGAAGCGCAAUGCGAAGCCUACCAAGGCCGCGAAGAAGAAGCAGGAGGAGGCCUUGGCGCCUGGCGUGCUAAGGCUGCGUGGCCAAAAGGGCAAGUACCAGAUCAGCGAUAUCACCGGACGUCUUGCUGAGCGCCAGAACGUGACUCUCCACGUUGGUUGGAAUGUUCAGCCGUGGGUUGGUGCUUUAUUCUGGGCCCCCAGGACCGGUGCUUUGCCCCGGACUGCGGGAACGAUUGUCACCAGUGAGGCUUUUGAUUUCCCUGAAUUGAAGGGAAACAAGAAGGCCGCUGCUGAAGAGAAGGCGAAGACAGAGCAGGCGCGUGCAUAG